GAGAGAAGCUGCAAGAAGCUCAGUACUCCUGGAUGGUUGAAAUCUUGAAGAGCAGCAUCAGUCGAUAAGUGCAGCAGGAGCCAUGUCUCUGCCCUUCCGAAAAGAGCUGGAGAAAUACAAGAAUAUAAAUGAAGAUGAAAUACUCAACAAACUCUCAGAGGAUGAACUGAAACAGCUAGAGCAUGUUCUCGAUGACCUUGAUCCUGAGAACGCCUUGCUUCCAGCAGGCUUUCGGCAAAAGGACCAGACCACUAAACCUGCCACAGGCCCUUUUGACAGAGAACGCCUGCUCUCGUACUUGGAGAAACAAGCGCUCGAGCACAAAGACAGAGAAGACUUUGUACCUUUUACAGGAGAAAAGAAAGGAAAAAUAUUUAUCCCUAAAGAAAAGCCCAUAGAAACCCAUACAGAAGAGAAAGUGACCUUGGAUCCGGAACUAGAAGAAGCCCUGGCCAGCGCUUCAGAUACUGAGCUCUAUGACCUUGCAGCUGUUCUUGGAGUGCACAACAUGGUCAACAACCCCAAAUUUGAUGAAGGAGGAUGUAAUGUAACCGGUGAUGAUGCCUGUUCCUCACAUCAACAUUUCAUGAGAUCUUGUGUUGCAGAUGUGGUGAAAGGUGAAAAGGUCAAGCCUGUCUUUGAGGAGCCACCUAAUCCAACCAAUGUAGAAGCAAGUUUACAAAGGAUAAAAGCAAAUGAUCCUAGUCUCACAGAAAUUAAUCUCAACAACAUAAAGAAUAUUCCUAUUCCAACACUGAAAGAAUUUGCAAAAGCUUUGGAGAGCAACACACAUGUGAAGACAUUCAGCCUUGCAGCUACUCGAAGCAACGACCCNNACCCUCAGGCAUUUGCAGAUAUGUUGAAAGUGAACAAAACACUAAAGAGUCUGAACGUAGAAUCCAACUUCAUCACUGGGACGGGUAUUUUGGCACUGAUUGAUGCACUGAAAGAGAAUGAAUCACUGACAGAGAUUAAAAUUGACAACCAGAGACAGCAGCUGGGGACAGCUGUAGAGAUGGAGAUUGCCAAGAUGCUGGAGGAGAACUCCAAGAUUCUCAAGUUUGGAUACCAGUUCACAAAGCAAGGUCCAAGAACCAGGGUAGCCGCUGCUAUCACUAAAAACAAUGAUCUGGUUCGUAAAAAGCGUGUGGAAGGAGAGCGGCAGUAG